CGCUCGUACGGACGGACGGAAUUCAUUCAUAUUUCGUAUAUACGAUAUUAUAUCUAUAGGAACUCAAUUGUAUACGUGUGUUUAUAUUAUAAAAUAUGUAUGCACCUUAUCUUCCGAUCGAACGUCGUGUCACGUGUCCGGUCUGUCAAUAAACUACACAUAAAUACAGGAAUCGAUCAAUUUUGUGACACUAAAGUUUGCCUCGUGUUUGCUACAGUGGUGUGAGAUACAAACAAAUAUCAGUGUUAAAGUGAAAAAGGAAACUUUUCCUCCCAAAAAAAAAUUACAUAGAAAUAUUUAUAAUAAUAGAUAAUUACACGAAAAAGUGUUAAAGUGUUGUGCUCUUUUAAAAUAAUACAAAACUAAACAGUUUUAUAUGUUGUGCUAUUUAUUACAAUUUAUGGAUAAAUUACUAUAAGACCUUUCCAGUGAGUAGUUUCUUCAAGAACUACUAUAAAGUAUCUGUUAGUGAGUGUUUUGUGUUGUAAAUAAGUUUAUGUUCCCAAGUGUUAAGUUCAUGUGCCUCAAGUGUUAACAAGGAUCCAUUACCCUGAUAGUACGUGUCCUUUACUACAAUUAAUUAAGCUGUAUCAGUCUAUUAUGUUAUGGCUCGUGAUGUAACUCGUCGUAUAGUAGAAGGCAAUGGAUCGAUAGCCUGAUAAUAGAGGACAGAUGACGAUUGAUCCGCCGAUCACCGAUACGACAGAGGCGAUGUCCGCCGGCGGCGCGGAUACCGCUGUUCCGGUCGCCGAAACCGCGGCGUCCGCUCGCGGUGAGGAUCCAUACCGCGACUUCGAACUUUACCUUGAGAAAGUACAGGACGAAUUAAGCGAAGUAUUCGAACAAUGGGAAACAACUCAAACAUCUGACCGAAGAAAAGCUCCUAAUCCUCCUGAGCGUAUUAGCAGCAAAGUGAAGACCAUCAUCAAAAGCAACAAUAACAACCAGAGAAAAAUUAACGGAGAUCAAAUUCAUAAAAAUGGCUACAACAAUUUCGAAACCAAUAAUAUACGUAGAAGAGAACGUUCAUAUUAUGAAGAUGAUGGACAACUGAAAGCUGAAGAUGCUGCCUGGUCAGAAGGGAUUGUUGCAGAAGUCAAUUCGAUAAUUUAUCAACAAUUGAGAGUUUUAGAGGACGAACGAAACGAUACGUCAUCGACUUCAUCAUCAACUUUCACAAAAACAUUGGAAAUAAGAGAACCACGAGACCAGUACACUCAAACAACCCCAAAUUCUCUGUCGCCAGCGACCUCUAGUGUGACUUGGCCUUCUGAAUAUUCGCUUUAUGACACUUGCAGAAAUGGCAUCGAAGAAGAAAAUGACAAUAAAUCUUCAUCCGCAAGUUGUUCAUCUUAUAACGAAGACGAGGCUGCUAAUUCCAAAGAAGAACUUAGUUACGAAUGUUUGGGCUCUGGUGACUCUUUGGAUGGUAUUUCUACUUCGUCCGCUUACCAGCGGAAGAGAUGUUGGCUUGGAAUGGGUCACGGGAUAAGAAAUCCAUCAAGUGCUGACGAUGCAAUGACCCAACCAUCAUCAGCUGAAAAUCUUCUCACUGAUUCUCGCAGUGAGGAGGUUGAUAGUGGAAUUGGAAUACUAUCCGACGUGGACAAAAUCCACAACGGACUUAGAGCUCAGUCUAGAAUGACUGUUGAUUGCGAAGAAGGUGAAUUUUAUGAUGAUGUUGAUGAUGAGGAAGAUAGAAAUAAAAGAACAAUGGAAGUGAUGAUGGAACUUGGGACGAAAUCGUCUUCGGAUCCGGUACUGAAGACGAGGACCGACGAGGAUGGAAUGAUCGGCGCCCAGAAGAACAAAAAGAAAUCCUACACACUGUCGAACCAGAAAAUCCCAGAGAUAGAAGUAAUUGAAGCAUGUAAAUGGCUAAAAGCAGCAGGUUUUCCUCAGUACGCACAAAUGUAUGAAGGUACGUACGAAGAAUUACCAUUUCCCGUAGAUUUGAGUACAGUAAAAGAAGAUCACCCUUUUUUGGAUCCGGAUUCAUUGCGUUCAUUAUACAGAAGACUUGGAGUCCUAAAUCGUUGCGCUUUAUUGAAGCUUGAGUCGCAGCAAAAGCACAACAAGCACGUGCCCGAUUCAGUCUCUGGUCAAUCUACGUCAGCAUCCACAACGUCAACAACAUCAUCUUCCAGCAAUACUACAGGAGCAACUUCCAAAGGGUGUGGUAAGGGUACUUUUGGAAAACUUUCUAAAAUUGUCAAUCAGUCGGAUGAUUCGGAUGACGAAGACAUCAGUUGCGCAUUAAGCGAGGCCUGGACAUACCAGCCACGCGAAAGGCGCUGGUCUCGCAUUGCUGACGACGCAGUAGUAGUUACGACGGCGUCAGCUGCAGAUGAUUUUUCCACAUCCGAAACCGGGCAGGGGCACCGGUCAGAUACAAGUCCACUGUGCCAGAACAAGUGCCAAGAUACGAUCAAGGAGUUUGAUCUAACUUCUGUCGUUUGCAACUUAGACGAAGAAGAAAUUGCAGGAGCUGUUGGCGGAUUGGGGCUAGAAGUUGGCAACGCGGCUUCAUUGAAGGCUCGAAACGAUUUAUCAUUCCCACCUCGUUCCGAUAUACCGGAAUUUUUGCCUACCGCACGGCCAGGACCCACCAUGUUGGCUGUACCUCAUAUUGUUGGCGCAGGAGACAUUGGCAAUAUGGCUUCUGGUAGUAGUGUCACUGCUGCCACAGCAAACAAUGGUGCAACUUCUCCUGCAAACACAAGUUUUCACAGGACAAACAGUGAACGCAUCCGUGAUGGAGCUAAAGCAUUUCUCAGACACGUCGAAUCAUUCAAGACAAGACACCGCAAGAAACAUCACAGGGAUGGAGUGGUCAUUGGAGAUCCACAGGCUGUUGAUCCUGUAGGGAUUGAACAGAAGUUAUCUGAUCUACAGUGCAUAGAUAUCUCACCAACUCAUCUGAAUCAAGGAAAAUUUUUAUAUGCUGAUGAUACUUCAAGUUACUGCUCUGAGGGCAGUCAAAGCUCUAUAAAUGGCCUUUGUAAAAAAAUGAACAACAGUGUACUUAAAGAUCAGUCCGAAGGGAGAACAGCCCGUAUUAGCAGUGCCAAUCCCAGGACGAGACGUUUCUUGGAGCCCCAAGACGCUUCAGCAAGCGAAGGUGCUUCCUCGUGCUCCAUGAGAAGUGAGGACACCGGAGCUAUGUCUGAUUCAGAUUGCCAUCAUUACUUCAGAGACGCGAACAGUAAUCACACUGGCAAGAAGGAAUGCUCAACAUUAGAUCGCAAAAUCUGUGGUUUCGGCUCUAAGGGACGCAAAUUAAUGCGAACCGGAUCCCUCACGGUGAAGACACGGCGAGAGCGCGAUCAAGAGCGGGAGGAUGCUGCUAACGGGAAACAGCGACAUCGGCGGGACAGCGAUUCUAAUGCUAUUGGUAGUGCGCCGCGGCGAUUAUGCGAAGAUAUCGCCGCUAAAGCUUUUGGUUACGAGCAUCACCGCAUGCCAUGGCACAGCUUCGACCAAAAACCAGCUCCUGUAGAGAAGGCGAAGGAAUAUAAGCCUGAGGUUAACAUUGCAAGUACAUCUUCAGAGACGAGCAUUGAAAUUGCUGCUCCAUUUAUCAUUAAUCUUGAAAACUCGCCGCCGAUUGAUUCACUUUCAUGCGGCCAAAUGCACGUUUUGAAGAAGGUUGCUUUGUUAACUUUGACUGCUUAUAUGGAGAAGUUUUGUCCGACUCACCGUUCUGGAUGGAAUUGGGAAUUGCCCAAAUUUAUUCGCAAGACAAGGCCCAAUUACAAAAAUAAAGUUGCGUUUGGUGUUCCAUUAUCCUUAACAAUGCAACGCACGGGUCAUGCUAUACCAAAAUGCAUUCUGAAGGCCUUUGAGUGGUUACAAAAUAAUGCUUUAGAACAAGUGGGCCUUUUCCGAAAAUCUGGAGUUAAAUCUCGUAUUCAGGCACUGAAACAAUUGAUAGAAACACAGGGUGACGAUGUGUCUUUUGAAGGACAACAGGCCUAUGAUGUUGCAGAUGUCGUAAAACAAUAUUUCAGGGAGUUGCCAGAAGCAUUGUUGACUUCUAAAUUUUCUGAGACCUUCAUUUCUAUUUUCCAAGUUUCAACUCUAGACGUUCCAGAAAGUAAACAACACGAAGCCCUUAGCUGCGUCCUAUUGCUCCUACCAGACGAACAUCGGGAAGCUCUUCAGGCCUUAUUAGAGUUCUUAGGAUUAGUCGCUGAACAAGUGCACCACAACCAGAUGACAAUUCGCAAUAUAGCAGUUUGCCUGGCACCUUCCCUGUUUCAUUACGCCCACAAACAUGGCUACAGCUAUUCCCUGGCUUACAAUGGAACGCCAACUAAGUCUCCAAGGCGCAAGAAAGGCUCAGGAAUUCCAGACGCUAAGGAGCUGAAUGCAACGAAGGCAUCCCACGACUGUUUACAAUUCCUCAUUCAAAAACAUAAAACAUUAUUUAGAGUCUCUGAAGAAUGCAUGGAAAAGGGCAGUUUUAGCUACAUGGAUCAAAGUAUUCCACUGUUCCGCGAGCAAUUGGGUUCUGAUUCUAAUCAAUCUUGGCUAACGUACCAAUAUGAGUGUACUAAUGCGUUACUGAAAGAGGCCAGAAAGGAAAGUCGAGGUUGGACGUCUUUUGUUCACCCUUAUGAUCCAUUAGUAGAUGUUACAUUUAAGAAAGUUGGAGAUGGCCAUCCAUUACGUUUGUGGAAGGUCACCACUGAAGUUGAAGCUCCGCCUCAAGAAGUUUUACACAGUAUACUGAAUGAAAGAAAGGUCUGGGAUCCAUCGUUGAUUAGAUCUUUUGUUGUGGAACGGCCUGUGGAUCAUUGUGAUGUAUUUUGUUAUACAACUGCAAGUAUGGCUUCUCUACCUCCUAGAGAAUUUUGUGUUUUGAGAUCAUGGCGUACUGAUUUGACUAAAGGUGCUUGUUGUAUGGUUGAAACUUCUGUUAAGAGACCAAUGACCUACACAACUCCACCAGGCACACCAAAAAUCGAACAUUCCAGUUACGGAGUGAUUACAGGAGUUGUACUAGCUUCCAGAUACUUUAUUGAACCUUGCGGCAGUGGCAGAUCCAGAGUCAUGCAUUUAUCAAGAGUAGAUACAAAGGGAAGAACUCUGGAAUUCUAUACCAAAAUUUAUGGACACGUUUGUGCUGACCAACUUACAAACUUGAGAAAAGCGUUUGUUAUUAAAUCUGAGGGACCUGAAUCAAAAGUCUAAAGUUUUAAGUAUUUACUAUUAAUAUGUUGUUCUAUAUUAUAAAAUAUUUGUUGUUAAUGUUA